AUGGCAUAUGAGGCACCCUGUGGAAACAUUGUCAAGUGGACAAGACAGGAAACACAGGGUGGUGGACCUUUCCCCGCCAUCUUGAGCUAUGACGUAUUUAUCAACUGCAUCCUCUUGUCAAAGAAAAUUCCUCCAUUCUUGACAAAGGAAAUGGUCCAAAACAACAACAGAAAUUUGACAGUUAUUUCUGAUGUGAGUUGUGAUUGCACCAGUCCUGACAAUCCACUUCCAAUCUAUGACACCAUCACUACCUUUGUGAAACCAACACAUCGACUUGAUAUGAGCCCAAGCACCAAGCUCUUGGAUGUCAUUGCAAUUGAUCAUCUGCCAUCCCUUUUGCCACAGGACAGCAGUGAUAAAUAUGCUGCUAAACUUCUUCCUUUCCUUUUCAAACUUCCCGAGGCAUCCACUUAUCCUCCAUGGGUCAGGGUGAAGAAUAUGUACAGAGAAAAAUUGAAGGAAGCUCUGGCUGGAAUCGAAAUCCGAACCAGGAAGGAAUCUGUAGCUAGAGAUAAAGCAGAAUUGUCAUCUUCCUCUUCAGAGUCUGAUAAUGUAUGAAAGAAAAUUAUCCAAGGGUGGUUUCAUAAUUUGAUGUCUAGACUACGAAAUUUCUUGUCACAAAAUACUGUGUAAGUUGUCAAUUUUUUUAUGACUUUGGUUAAAAUAUCAAUAGAUUGAAAGGUAUUCAAGUUUCUAUCAUCGGAAUUUAGGUGGUGUAGUCAGCAGGAAAUUGUUCUGCUGUAAUUUAAGCAGGACUAACUAGUAUUCUGUAUCGUUUAUAUUGAAGGUAGAUCAUGAUGGGGCAAAAUUGUAGAGUUAAUAUUAAUUUCAGGGUGUCUUGUUUUGACCAUCAUGAAUUUUUUUGUGAAGCUCUGUAAUGAGCUUUAAAAAUCCUUGUGAUUUCAUGGCAUUUAUGCGGUCAUAUACACUGACACUUGUUUUGAGUUUUUUUUAUUCUUAGCUUUCUGAUACCUAGUUGUAAUUGUUUUUGGCUCUUAUUACACUGAUUUUGAUAAAAUAUA